AUGUAUAUGGCCGUCUCAUCCGCGUGUACGAUCAUUCCGCCACCGGCGGCCCGGCAGCGUCAGCUACCUACCGCGCCUCUCUCUGUUUUAGCCCCUUAUUCAAACCUUCAAUUCGCUUAUUUCGUUAAUCCUAAUCAACGCCGGCGGCGGCGGCUGCUGCAUCUCAAUCGUUUCAAUACUAGCUCGGCUCCAGUUUCCACCCUAGGCACGACGGACGAGCACGAUUCUCCCCAGACAUCUACCGCCGUCGGCGAAGGAAGCGGCGGCGGUAGCGGCUGGCCGGAAUUCGCCGAGAAGGUAUCAGGCGAAUGGGACGGGUUCGGGGCAGAUUUCACGGUGGACGGUAAGCCCGUACAUCUUCCGGAGUCCGUGGUUCCGGAGGCCUUCCGUGAAUGGGAAGUCGAGGUCUUCGACUGGCAAACACAGUGCCCAACUCUCGCUCAACCCCACCACAUCAACGCCGGAGAUGAGCCUCCUUCAUUUUUCUACAAAACCAUCAAACUCCUCCCCACCGUGGGUUGCGAAGCAGAUGCCGCCACCACCCACUCCAUCAGUGAGAAACACAUCUCCUCCGCCUCCACCUUCGCCUACCACCGGCCCACCGGAUCCUAUGUGGCGCUGUGGUCCCCACUCUCAGGCAAUUCUCCGGCGGCUGAGCUGGAGCACUGCUUGAUCGACCCAGGUGACCGGGAGUCUCGGGUUAGGGUCGUUCAAGCCUUUGGGCUCGGGCAGGAUGGUUCAAUUGAGUUGAGAGGCUUGAGCCUGUUUGUCGAGCAAUGGUACGGUCCCUUUAGAAACGGUGAUCAGUUGGGCGGCUGUGCCAUUCGUGACUCGGCAUUUGCCGCCACACGGCCGCUCGAUUCUUCCCGAGUCUCCGGUUUGGUCUGGGAGGGCCUUACUUCUGUUGCUGACUUCCGCGCUUUACACAACAAAACGAUGAUCAAGGAGCUUGGUGAAGAAUGCGUGAAUGAGACGAUUAGAGAUGAAUCGGACCUUAUAUUGCUCCCUAAGCAGCUUUGGUGUUCAGUCAAGAAAGCUGAAAGUGGAACGACUUGCUGUGAAGUGGGAUGGUUGCUGGAUCAGGGACGAGCAAUUACUUCGAAAUGUACCUUUUUGAAUGCGCAGCUCAAGGAGAUUGCAUUAGCAGUUGAAACUGCAACAGUGAAGUAG